AAAUAGAAAUAUACAAGAAGUGAAAGGAAAAGAAAAGCAAACCAGAGCACUUCUUUUUACAUUGGCCGGUUGGACUUAUGUUUACAAAACAUAUAAUGGUACUUUAUAGAAUAUAAAACUUGUUUCUAAAUUAUCUGUAUAAACCUAGUUCUAAAAAUCAGUUUAUUAGACUAGCUUACUGUUUAAAAUGUAAGUUUAUUUGAACAAGAGUAAAACCUGAGUCAUAAUGAAAGCCCCAAUAAUUUUCUUCUGUAUUUUGUUAUUAAAUGUUAUGCCCUAUAUGAGGCCAUGUAGUGCCUAUGUAAAUUUGUAUUUAAGCUCUAAGGAAGUACAAAAAUUAUUAGGACUACCUGCAGAAAUGUAUUACAUCCGAAAUGAUGAAAUAAAUUGGUAUGCUUUGAACUUCAGCCUUCUAAUACCCCCUAAGGUAAAUGAUUUAUUUUUUACAUGGGAAUGCAGUGAAGGUCAAAAGGUACCAUAUAGUGUAGUAAUAAAAAUAUCAAAUGAUGCGGCCAUUCCUAAUUUUAAUUUGAAUAUUGCAUCACAUGGGUUUAUCCCAACAACCACUCAAGAUUUUGCAAUUUCCUUACCUUGCUCAGGAAAAGUUGAAGCAGAGGUGUAUAUAUCAAUAAUUUUAAAUGUCACUCUUUCUAAAGAUAACACUAGUACCUUGAUAUUCUUAAGAAAAAAGACUUGUUUAAAUGAAAUGGGCAAUGACUAUGUAUUGUUGAAUACAUUACCUGAAAUUGCAAACUCAUCAAGUAUAUUUUAUAUAGCAAUGAGUUGUGCAGCAAUACUAAUAGUUAUACUUGGAAUUCUAAUAAUUAUUUAUUAUCUAAAAGAUGAUAAAUGCAAAUCAACAGAUGGUAGUGGUAGUGCUCCGACAACUACAACCACAACCACUUUUUUGGCUGCAUUACCUAGGAAUGGAUUAAAUGCUUCUUGCUAUGGUAGUUUUAGAAGAAUACCUAGUUACUCUCUAUUAAACGAUGAUAGAUCAAAAAAUUUACAGGAGAGAAUUGCUGAACUGACUAUUCAGAGAUUUAAAGUUCACCUAAAUAAUAUAGUGAUGGAAGGCACAUUUGGUCGUAUAUACCAAGGAUCUUAUAACAACGAUAAUGGGAGCGAAGAGGCUGUUAUAAUAAAGACUGUAGCAGAUCAUGCUAGUCAAGUUCAAAUUUCACUACUUCUUCAAGAGGGAAUGUCAAUGUAUGCAGUAAAUCACAAACAUAUUCUAAGCAUACUGAGAGUAUCUAUAGAAGACCAUACUCCACCAUUUUUGUUGUACCCUUUCAACAAUAACACUAACCUGAAGACUUUUUUGCAAAAAUGUAAGGUGUCUUCUGAGGGCGUGCAUCAUACCUUGACGACCCAGGAGGUGGUGCAUAUGGCUUUGCAAAUUAUUAAGGCUAUGCAACAUUUGCAUAAAAAACAUUUAUUACAUAAAGAUUUGGCUGCACGGAAUUGUGUUGUGGAUGACAAGUUAAACAUUCAAUUAGCAGAUAAUGCAUUAUCAAGAGAUUUAUUUCCAUCUGACUAUCAUUGUUUGGGAGACAAUGAAAAUCGUCCAGUAAAAUGGCUGGCUUUAGAAAGUUUAUUACAAAAAACUUUUACAGCUGCUUCAGAUGUAUGGUCAUUUGGGGUUUUACUUUGGGAAUUAACUACUUUAGCACAACAGCCUUAUAUUGAAAUUGAUCCUUUCGAAGUAGCAGCUUAUUUAAAAGAUGGAUAUCGACUGGCUCAACCCAUCAAUUGUCCGGAUGAACUUUUUGCUGUAAUGGCGUACUGCUGGGCAAUGAAUGCGGAAGAAAGACCGACUUUCACGCAGCUGCACGUGUGUUUGCAGGAAUUUUACGCGCAGUUGACCAAAUACGUAUGAUACAUACGGGUUUUUUCUUUGUUUUUGUAUAUGUUCCUUGCAUUGAAGUGCCAAAUUUUUAAUACUACAUAUAUAUAUAUAUAUAUAUAUAUAUAUAUAUAUAUAUUAUAUAUUGUUCUUAAUAUAGUAGUAAAUAUGCAUAAAUAUCUACCGACACGAUAUUAUAUGUUUGUUUGAUCAUUUUUUUAUAAUUUUUACUUUAGUUUGAUAUGAUUUUUUUUAAUUCAUAACAAGCUUACUUAUUAGGAAUUUUUUAUAUAUGAUCCAAGAAUAAAUUAUAAUAAAUGUG